GGCCAAGACUGCAAAGGCAACCUCUUUACCCAGAUACCGGUUCAUCCUCAAGCUCUCAUCUGCUGUAGUCUUCAGAACUUCACCUCAUCUGCUCUCAUGCCACUCGUGGAUGGGGUCAAGAUGUCCUGCGAUGUCUGCCUGCGCGGACAUCGUGGGGCCGUCUGCCCUCAUACCGACCGAGAGCUUCGUCCAGUCAAGCCAAAGGGCCGCCCUGCGAAGCGAGGAAAGGCUCCGGGCAGCGAUACGUCAAAGUCGCCCACGAUCGGCAAGAGGGCUCCGAAUAGCAGGUCGACUGUUGGCCCCCGCAAGUCAAGCUGCUGUGGCUCAGCGACCUGCCGAUGCGUUCACGUUGAGGGCGAGCUCAUCGAGUCUGGUGGCUGCGCCUGCUGUGGUCCUGGACUCGCCCAACAAGACUUCAGCAACGCAGCCAGUCUCCUCCAUCAGCAGGUGGCAUCAUCACCUCUCAUGACCCAUUCUCCAAAUCUUUCGAUCGCCUCUCCUGCUUCUGGGUCUUCUUCGUCCCACCAUACCCUUGUCAAGCCGGAAACGCCCUUCUCUUCCCCUCUACCACCCCAAUCGCUGGUGGCGGAGCCCUUUGAUCUGGGGCUUCCAUGCACUUGCGAAGCUCCUUGCCCUUGCCCUGGCUGUCCUGGGGAUCACUCGAUGGUAGGGCAACGCAAGACUUCGGUCGGGGAUUCUCAGAAGAAGGUCAGCGGGAGCUUGAAAGAUGGCGGGUGCUGCUCCUCGGGUCCCAGGAUGGCGACAAAGGUGACCGAUGAGCAUUGUCAAGGCUGUCUACCUUGCAUCAUAGCCCCCUUUGAGCGCUCCCCACCGGCUCCAUCGAUCGGAUUAGCUUCUCGCCCUGAACCCUCAAGCAAAAAUUCAUCCUUGGGUCUCAAGCCGACCUUACCCAUCGAAGCUAUGAACAGAACUCUCCCCCCUCUCGCCGAGCUCGUUCCGAGCCCAAGGGCAAAGAUGCCUGCCUCUAUCUCAAGCCCUGGCCUGCCAUAUCCUCCACUCUUCGAUGACCCAUCAAGGAAGAGCUCUUGGUUCAGGUCGCAGAUGAAUUCUACGAGCAGUGGCCUGCAGGACGCUCUGUCCCUUGAAAGAGACCACGAGGAUGCUCCGACACUUGACGACUGCCCACAUCGCAUAUACCUUCUUGCAAUGACAGGACCCUCCAGUCCGAAACGUGUCCUCAUCAAUACCCAAUUCUCCUGCACCUCGUAAAUCUCUGAACUAUGAACCGUCACUCUCUUCCUCCCUCUGUAUUUCUCCAUCUCUCGACCUGUACUUAAUAAUCACUAUCUUCUGCAGCAAUUCGACUCGGUUCUUCCCUCGCAAGGGCCGUCUCCUCAUUUCAGCCGCUCGAUCAGUCGACAUACAUCAUGAAUAAUCUGUACCGCGAUGGAGGUCACUCCAUACGACCUUCAGUGUCGACAGAUUUCAUAGACUAGCGUCUCCUCAAGUCGGGAUCGUGCGAUG